UGUUUGCCUUGUAAAUUAGCAAAAACGAAACGCUUGACGCAAAUCGUGCCCGUCUCUGUGACAGUGUAGGUAAAAUUUGACAUUUUCUUUCUGUCAAAAGUUUGUCUUAAACAUGGCUCGCGGCCCCAAAAAGCACUUGAAGCGUCUGAACGCGCCCAAGGCAUGGAUGUUGGACAAGCUUGGAGGCGUGUACGCGCCGCGGCCGAGCACGGGCCCGCACCGGCUGCGCGAGUGCCUGCCGCUCGUGGUGUUCCUGCGCAACAGGCUGAAGUACGCGCUGACCGGCGACGAGGCGCUGCGCAUCGUCAAGCAGCGGCUCGUGCGCGUGGACCACCGCGUCCGCACCGACCCCACCUACCCCGCCGGAUUCAUGGAUGUGGUAUCGAUUGAGAAGACCAAUGAACUGUUCCGUUUGAUCUAUGACGUGAAGGGACGCUUCACCAUCCACCGCAUCACUCCCGAGGAGGCCAAGUACAAGCUGUGCAAGGUCCGCCGCGUGGCCACGGGCCCUAAGGCGGUGCCGAUGCUGAUCACGCACGACGGUCGCACGCUGCGCUACCCCGACCCGCUCAUCAAGGUGAACGACUCCGUGCAGCUCGACAUCGCGACCGGCAAGAUCAUGGACUUCAUCAAGUUCGAGUCCGGAAACCUGUGCAUGAUCACUGGCGGAAGAAAUUUGGGUCGUGUGGGCACCAUCGUGUCCCGUGAGAGACACCCCGGCUCCUUCGACAUCGUGCACGUCAAGGACUCCACCGGACACACCUUCGCCACUAGGCUGAACAACGUGUUCAUCAUCGGCAAGGGCACGAAGGCGUACAUCUCCCUCCCGCGCGCGCGCGGCGUGCGGCUCACCAUCGCCGAGGAGCGAGACAAGCGCAUCGCCGCCAAGCAGCAGGCCAGCUAGGUUAAGCCUACAAUCUAAAUAAAAACAUAAAAACCGA